AUGUGGCGGGAUCGCACCAACCUUUACAUAUCCUACCGCCAGUCCUUUACACAUCACCCCGCAAAAAAGCCACGUUUCGGUGCGUCCAAUGGCUUCGACACGCCCUCUCAGCCGGAGGAAAGCCGGCGACUGAUCUCCGAAUCCGGCGGGUUUGAGGAAGAUGGAGACAUGGUGAUUGAGAUGGACUUGUUGCCUCCACGCUGGGUAGACGUCCAGGAGGAGGUCUCGGAGCUACUGGCGAGUAUCGCGCAGAAGUCCGCUCAGCUGGAUAAGUUGCACCACAAGCACCUACUCCCCGGCUUCGGCGACGAGGAUCUCCGACGACAAGACGAGGGCGUAAUCGAACGUUUGACACAAGAGAUCACCCGGAGCUUUCACGACUGCCAGAAGGCUAUCCAACGGAUUGAGAUGAUGGUGCGCGAGGCGAAGCAGGUGGGCGGCGUCAGCAAUGGCGAAGAGACCAUGGCGAAGAAUAUACAAAUCUCGCUUGCGUCCAGGGUCCAGGAAGCAAGCGCUCGGUUCCGCAAGAAACAGAGCACUUACUUGAGAAAGCUUCGAGACCUAGAAGGAUUCUCAACGCCAAUUGAUCGCGUCCCCACUCCGAUCCAGAAUCCAUACACAGAUCCCUCCUUAAUGGAAUCGGAAGUAGACAAGUCCUUCUCACAGACAAUGUUGAUGCAAACACAACAACGAGCUACCGGCCAGAACGACGUAGCUAUCGCGCAACGAGAACGUGAGAUCAACGAUAUUGCAAAGGGAAUUAUCGAGCUCUCAGACAUAUUCCGCGAAUUACAAACAAUGAUCAUUGAUCAGGGUACAAUGCUAGACCGCAUCGACUAUAACGUCGAACGGAUGGGCACCGAGGUCAAAUCUGCAGAAAAAGAGUUAAAAGUAGCUACAAAUUACCAACGGCGCACCACUAAGCGCAAAAUCAUGCUAUUACUAGUCCUGGUAGUAUUCGGACUGAUUAUUGUUCUGGUGGUGAAACCAAAACGUAACAGUUCCCCAUCACCACAGGCCGAGGAAGAAUCUUCGAGCAAUAUUCGAUCUGUGCUGGCGAUUGUCGAUCGAGAGCGGAGACGCCCUUCAUCAAGUCGGUUUGCCCGAGAUCGUUGGAUGGACCCAGAUAUAUUCCGAUAA